AUGAUUGGAAAGAUAUCGAUUAUUCUGCUAGCUUUAUUCGCUUGUCAAGGCAAUUGCUUGACAGAAAUACAGUUAGAAGAUCGCCACCUAUAUUACAUAAUACAUACUCAUUUUUCAACUGCUAUAUCUAUCCCAAAGAAUUUUUGGGACACCCUUAGUACAUGUCAUGUAAUUUUUCCUAAUGGGGUGAUGUUUGAAGCAUACCCUCAAUAUCAGAUUACUAACCAAAAUGUCUUCUUCCUUGAAGCAGUUCAGCCUUUUACUAGCUGUGGUAUUGGCUUUAGAAACAUCGAUACAUCAUUUAGUGGAACAUAUGAAUUAUUGUCAACUGUAUUACACUCUGCAGACAACAGCGUAUCUUUAACAAGACAGAGAUUCCACUUAACUGUGACGGAAUCAGAUUUUACUAUGAAAGAAGAA